AUGUCACCUACCUCGGCUCUGGUCGUCAGCUGUUACAUUUUUCCAUAAUAAUGCGCAGGUUCAGAAAUACAGUAACAGAAAUGCAAGAAGAUUACAAGAAUAACUCAUUUCUGAGCAACAUUUACCAGUGCUUCUUUUCGCGUAGGACGUGAUGCGGUAGUAAAGUGUAUACUGGAAAACAAUAGUCGAAAUGGAUUUGAAGAAAAUGGAAGAAGUGUACCGGAAGUGGGAGAACAAAUCUGGGACCGCUCCACACACAACUACCACGUGCAUGAGUGGAAACGAACGCUUGAGGGAUAAAUUUAGGGAAGAUCCACCCCUGGAACGACAAAGGAGAAGGGCGCGGAAAAGGUCAGGACCGCCAACUCUGGAUUUAGUUCCAGAGCUGGCACGCUUCAAGACAACCCCACCAGCCUACUAUGAGCCAGUUGCAUCAGUGCGGAGGCCAUUUAUGGGACAAUGCUGCCCUAAUUGUAGCAGUGGUAGGAGGGAUAUGAUAUUCACACCCGACAUACCGGCUAUGGGGUUACGCAAUGUUCUGCAAUUUAGAAGGCCAAGGAGUAGCAUCAUAGCUCGUAUUUUCCCACACCUUUAUGUGGCUUACACUGAAGGGAUCAACUAUGAUUACCCAUCGAGGGGUUGUCUGGCACAGGAGGUCCUUGGAAGCAGGAGGGUGUAUUCUGCAAUAAACAAAGCUGCCUUUUCAGACUCUGAAGGCAAGACAGAGGUGAAGUACCAGAGUGAGUUGCAGAGACAUGCCGUCCGAGCAGGAAGGGUUCUUACCAACAUGGCCUCCUCCAUCUCCAACCUCUUCUUGAGAAUAACGGGCUGGUUUCUGCUGAAGGUUCUUGGUAUGAUCCUGUUCAGUGUGCAGGUCCAUCAGGGUCAGCUGGAAAUGCUCAAACGAGCAUCAAAGGCGGGGAUUCCGCUAGCAAUCUUACCCACCCACCGGAGUCACUUGGACUACAUUCUUAUGUCCUUCAUUCUAUAUAUUUACGGAAUCAGGGUACCGUUCAUAGCGGCUGGUGACAACCUCAACAUACCAGUCUUUGGUUGGAUUAUGAGGAAGCUUGGAGCUUUCUUCAUCAAGAGGAAGUUGGAUAAGGAAGUUGGCAAAAAGGAUCAUGUCUACAGGGCUUUAUUACACACAUAUAUGGAGGAGGUGUUGAGGAGCAAUCAAAAUAUUGAAUUUUUUAUAGAGGGAGGAAGAUCAAGAAGUGGAAAAGCUCUUGCUCCGAAAGGGGGAUUAUUGUCGGUGAUUGUUGAUGCAUACUUGGAUGGUGUGAUUUCAGAUGCUUUCAUUGUUCCUGCUUCAGUUAGCUAUGAGAAGAUACUAGAUGGCAACUUCAACAAUGAGCAGAUGGGUCGCCAGAAGAAGAAGGAGACAUUUUGGGCAGCCAUCGGAGGAGUUUUUACUGUUUUCGCAUCCAAAUUUGGACACGUUAGGGUUGGCUUUGCCGAACCCUUUUCCCUAAAGGAAUAUCUUGAGUCUGCUCAGAUGCCGUCUCCCGUUCUGAGUGACAUGUCAUCCGUCCUUGGCUCGCCUCGUUCUCAUCCCACCUUGAAGAAGACUGCCAGUGAUCAUUCUUUGUAUGGCACCGAUGUCGUCGUGGAAGAUCAGAGACAACUUGUUAAGGGCCUCGGGGAGCAUAUUGUGCAUGAUGCUGUGAGAGUCCACACUAUUAUGAGCACAAAUCUAGUGGCGUUUCUUCUGAUGACGAAACAUCGGCAGGGUAUUGAGAUCAACAAAUUUGCAGAAGAAGCAGAAUGGCUGAAAGGAGAGAUCAUCGGGCGGGGCCGAGACAUCGGUUUCUCCGGUGAGAUGCUGGUCGUCGUCAAGCACGCCCUCUCUGUCAUGGGCGGCGAUCUCGUGUCUGUUGAGAAGCACAACAUCAACCCGGAUGUGGUCAAUGAGGCCAUUGAGAAGAAAGAUAAGACAGAGACCGAUGAGGAUGAGAAGAUGGAGAUGAUGGUCGUCCCCAACAUGGCACUACCGAGGGUCUUUGAGCUGAGCUACUACAGUAACUCUGUCAUCUCCGUCUUCCUUAUGGAGUCCAUUCUUACCAAUGCCAUCAUGGCUGAAGCUCACCAGGAACUGCACUGUUUGACGGCCGCCAGAGACCACCGAGUGAUCCUGUCCAAGGAUAAAGUCAUGCAGAGGGCAGCAGAACUUUGUGAUCUUCUCCAGUUUGAGUUUAUCUUUGUGCCUCCAUGUGGGUGUCUUCAUACCAGCCUCUGCGAUGCGCUGGACAGGAUGACGAUCAGUGACAUCAUCAUACCAGAGAAGGAGGUUGGUGGUGGUGGUGCAGACAGCAAGUGGGCUCAGAGAGUGGCUUCAGGAUGGGAUGAUACUGACGAUGAGGACUACGGCAUCGUUGUUACUAAAGAAGAAAAAAUCACGGUGAACUCCUCCCCUGAGCCGUUGAAAAAGCUGUUGUUUCUCCAGAGCAUACUGGGUCCAUUGAUCGAAGGGUAUUGGCUGACUGCAUGUAAUCUGGUUCGCCUGCUGGAUAGAGACUUGCCGGAGACCGAAUUCUCCAGUCUUGUCAAUGAAUACGCAAAGGAUAGAGUCGCCAGAGGGCUGGCUGUAUUCUCUGAAAGCUGUGCAAUGGACACACUCCGUAACGCCUGGAGGACUUACCAACACUGGAAAGUGAUCGACACGUACCAAGACGCUGAGAAAGUCAAGAUGAUCCACCUGAAGGAGAAAUAUAGAAGCGAAGAGAAACUUGGCGAUUUCAUCGACAAAAUCCAAGUUUUCUGUACGUGAAGGAGUCGGCUUCGGCUUUGUUGAAUCCCUCUAAGGGUGAGAAUUUGUCCAACUUGUGAGAUUAUGACAUUGUGAAUGUGUACAAAAACGGAACUGUUGGUGUACAGUGAAUUGUUGAAUAAGUUGUUAUCGUAACCCUUUAGUGGGGAGAAUUCGUCCAGCCUUAAAGUAAGUGAUUAGGGAAUUUUAUGUGUACAAAAAAAUGUUUCUUUAAAAGCUUGUUACAUGAUGUUUACAAACAGUUUAAUCCCUCUUGUGGCGAGAGAGUGUCCAGCCUAAGAAGAAAAGUGCACACUAAUUGUUUCAAUGUCUUUUGCACAUUAUAUUAUGUAUUUGGGAUUUGUGUAGAACAUUAAAUAACAGUUUGUAAACAAGUUAGUGACAUUUUCUUCUAGGAUAAGGCCACGAAAAUGGCCGAACUUUGAUAAACUUGAUUCGACCAGUUUCCGAGGGUUAUUGUGUUAUCCCCAUUAUUGUGAAAAUAAACCCAGUUUUAAAUACCCAGAUUUUUGAGAAAGUAGCACAAGUAAUCACAGGGUUUCCAACAAGACAUUUGCUGUUCUUUUUUUACAAUUGUUAUAUAAGGUACAAAGCUGUGACUGAUUUAAAACAGUGUGCAUAAUUAUUACCACAAAAGGUUGAAUUAUUAUAUUCCCGAAAGAGUGGUUAGUAGACUCAUCAACCAAGACGAUCUAGAAAAUUGUAUUUAUGAUCCCUGUCACAUGAGUAGCUUUAAGGCUGUGUCACACAAGCAGUUCGACGCAAUCUCCAAGAAGAGAGUUCAUUCACAUUUGAUUGUUCACAUAUUUUUCUUGUGAAUCAUAAGACAAUGUUUGAAAAAUGUCUUGUGUGCUACCAGAGUACUCUGGUACCAUGACAACCAUGGAGCCUCCAAGUUGCCUGGAAAAAUUGCCUUGUGUGCAAUCCAAACUGCUUCAUAAAAGUCGAACAUUAUUUUUGAAUAUUUAAGUUGAAUUUUGCUUUUUGUAUUUUUUGUUUACUGUUUGUUAUUUUUUCUUAAAGACUACUUAAGCUGAAAUUGGGUGUGCUUUUAAUGGGAAAUCACACAUUUAAACUGAAAUUUCUGGUGAAUGAUUUAUUUUGUUGUUCGACAUGUUUUAUAACUGAUGACGGAAGUUCUUCAUCAUUUACCGGAAGCAAACUGAAAUUAACAUGUUUAAAUUCUUUAAUAUUUGUUUAUAAAACAUAAAAACCUGUGAACAAACUGAUAAAAGCUGACAGCUUGGCCAUUUGCUGUCACGUUAUUAGUUCCUCAAAUGUUUGCAGUUUGGUUGCCUAGCACCCUUUCCCUGUGCUUGUAGGGUGUCAUUGCCAAGUGGUUUGAAGCAUCGAAUUUGAUAUCUGGUGGUUGAGUCAUCAGAGUGUGGGUUCGAAUCCCAGUCAUCGCACUUAAGUCAUUGAGAAAGAUGCUUUACUAUAAUUACUUCUUUUCACCCAGGAGUAUUUAAAUGGGUACCUGCGAGGGUAGAGGUUGAUAUUGUGUGCAGGGUGUUCGGGGCGUUACAGCAGCCCAGGGCUGUGCAUACUCCCCAGGGAGCUGAGAAAGAUUAAUAAGAUGUUAUUGGCCCAAUGACCAGGACCCAAUUUCAUAG